AUGCCAAACCCCCCUUCUAGAAAUCUUGAUCAUUCGGUGAGUUGUGAGUACUGUUCAUGGGCCCCGGGACAUGAUACAGAGAAGUAUUGGAAACUAAAAACAGGUGUGCAGGAGCUCAUUGAUACUCAUCGAAUCGAGGUUCAGGCCCUAGAGACACCAAAUAUCAACCAGAAUCCAUUGCCGGCUCACCAUGAGACCCAUAUGAUUGAGUUGAUACACAAGGUAGGAGAGCCAAAGAAACCCUCGCAGGCGGUAAUGAUGAUCCGUUUCGGCGAAACCGGUUCAAAAGAAAAGGUAACCAGUGGAAAAUCAGGGGACCAGUUGAAAGGGGUGAACAACAAGCCAGCUGUGGUAGUCGAGAAAGGGUCGUCAAGCAUUGUUGCAGUAAAACCAGAACAAGCGAAAGUGGUGGUACCGGGAAUUUUGCUAGUGAUCAACAGCAAGGCGGUUCCAUGGAGUUAUGACCAAGUGGUAGUGACGUAUAAAGGGAAGGCAAUCAGAGAAGAAGUUUGUGAAGCUCAGGGUAUGACCCAUUCAGGGAGGUGCUUUGCCCCUGAAGAAUUGAGAAAAGCCAGAGUUCCCAAAGAUAACCCGGUAUUGGUAAAGAAAGCCGUAACAGAAGAGGAAGCGGAGGAAUUCCUAAGGAAGAUGAAAGUACAGGAUUACUCUAUUGUAGAACAAUUGAAGAAAACACCCGCCCAAAUCUCAUUGCUCUCAUUGCUGAUCCACUCAGAUGAGCACCGCCGGGCGCUAAUGAAAAUAUUGAACGAGGCACAUAUCCCUGACAAGAUCUCGUUGAAUCACUUGGAGAAGAUAGCAAAUAAAAUCUUUGAGGUGAACAAAGUUACUUUCUCAGAUGAUGAGUUGCCUGUGGAGGUCACGGAACAUAACAGGGCCCUUUAUUUGAUAGUGAAAUGCGAGGAUUCUGUAGUCACCCGAGUUCUGGUUGACAAUGGGUCUAGUGCAAACAUAUGUCCUCUGUCCACGUUGAGCAAGCUGAAGGUCGAUGAUGAUAGAAUUCAUAAGAAUAGCGUCUGUGUGCGAGGGUUCGAUGGUGGGGGCAAAGAUUCUGUGGGUGACAUAAUACUGGAAUUAACAAUAGGACCCGUGGAGUUCACUAUGGAAUUUCAGGUGAUAGAUGUGGCGGUCUCUUAUAACCUUUUGUUGGGGCGACCCUGGAUCCAUGCCGCCAAGGCAGUUCCAUCUACAUUGCAUCAAAUGGUUAAAUUCGAGGUCGUGGGUUUACCAAGUCUUCGACACAGUGUCCGUGGAAAAGGCCCAGAAGGGAAGGGCAUCCCAGUCCCUAAAGUAGCAGCGGCAACUGUCAUGGUGGCUUCAGAAAUGUUGAAGAAUGGGUUCAUACCAGGAAAAGGUUUGGGUGCUGCCCUUCAAGGCAUUGUGCAGCCGGUUUCUCUUCCUAAAAAUCUGGAUACUUUUGGAUUAGGUUUUAAGCCCACAGCUGCAGACAUAAGACGGGCUCGCAAAAUGAAGAAGAGGGCAUGGGUUCUUCCCAAGCCAAUCCCCCGUCUCUCCAGAUCAUUCGUCAGGCUAAGCAUCAGAAAGCAACUGCAGUCAAAAGUUCCCAGGUCAUUGAUUGGUGUUGAUGGAGACUUAGAUAAGGGGUUCGAGAGAUUAUUUGCCGAGGUUAACAUGGUUGAGGCUGGGGAGGGGUCGAGCAAAGCAGAUGUGCAGUUCGUCGGACCACGUGCAAAAGUCAACAACUGGGAAGCUACUCCUCUUCCUAUCCGGAAGGAGUCUUGGUAG